AUCUUGGACAGGGUGAUGCAUAUUCAGCCAAAAGGAGGGGACGCGCGCGCAAAGCAUUGGUAGAGUGGCCGUCACAAUGGAAGCACCGAGCGCGUAUUUACUAUUCCUCGUAUUCGCAACCCUAUGCGCUGGUUCCGCAUAUUCAGACAACGACCAGGAUACGUCAAGUGUGCGGAAAAUCGAACUUUAUAAUGGUGUAUACGUGAACAUUCCUGAACAUAACAAUGGAUCCAGAAAACUGUUGUCGUUUGAAAUUGAUACGAGUACAAGUGGAGAGAAUGGGGAGACAGGUCGAGGUAAACAAAAGAAGCUAAUGAAGAAAAUUUUGCCCAUGUUCAUCUUGCCUUUCGUCUUCCAGUCUACGCUCGUGCCUCUGUUCCUCGGAGUACUGAAGUUCAUGCUCUUCAAAUCAUUGAUGAUCGGAAAGUUGGCGUUAGUUCUAAUAAUAAUUAACGCCUUUAAAAAUAGCAAUUCCUUUAAAGGCAGACACGAUGCUGAUAUAGCAAAUUUGCAUUACGGAUAUCAUGGAAACGGAAUGGAGGAAUAUGCAUCGUAUUUUAAUUCGUAAAUACUUCAAGGACUUUAGUCAAUCUUUAAAAUUUUAGGUAGGUAACCAAAGAUUUGCUUAAUAUAUGCAAUAAAUAUAACGCGAAGGGUAAACUUUGUGACGGUGAAAAUUAUGUACUUUUGUAAAUCUGCAAGGUAGAUUGAUUUAUCACUACUAUAAGAUAAUAUUUUAUACAUUACUUAAACGGAAUCUAUCAAGUUAAACUUGUGUGGACUAACUUUUGACAAUUUAUUAAAUACCAGCUGGAGUAAGUAUU